AUGAGCGCUACAGAGUCAUACAGAGCUCUUGUCAAAAACAUUGAUACCUCAGAUUUUACAGGAACCCAAGUUCCGUGUGACCUACUUCUUUCUGGCGAAAAAGCAUUUCCAGUUGUGGUGAACACCGAAGGUCAAACUCUUAUAGCUGCUUCUCAAUACGGGAAGGGUCGUAUCGUAGUACUAGCACAUGAAGCAUACGUAUCAAGUUCUAACUUUACCCAGUUCAUUGAUAAUGCAAUAGAAUGGCUGAAACCCUCAAAAGAUUCUUUGGUUGGGGUCCAUGAAAAGUUCUCUUCAAUGGUACAAUCUCUCGCUAGCAGAGGCCAUGCCGUGGAGUCUACCUAUGAUUUUUACACUAAAUAUGGAGUCUACUGCAUGCAUGCCUAUGACGAUAGGCAAUCAAGUGAACUCAUCUGGGCUUUAAAAGCAGGACAUGGCUUGUUAAUUGGAGGACGAGCUUGGUAUUGGAUGACUAAGAACAAGCUGAAAAACGUCCUGCUAGAUUUUCCAGGAAACAAGGUGGCAAGUGUAGCUGGUAUCCAAUUUCUUAAUAAUUAUGGAUUCAAAGAUAUGUUUGCCAUAACACCAGAGAUACCAACACGUCCUCUUAUUGCGAAGUAUGUGUGGAACAUUUCUGAAGAUGGUAAGCAAUUGAUGAAUGGAAUAUCUGAGUUGCGUAUAUUUGACAGUGGUACCCCAUCCAAUCUUCUUGUUCACGGGGAAAGGGCCUUUCCUCUUGUAAUAGAUGAAUCCAAUAAAACAUAUCUUGCGGCAUGUUAUUAUGGAAAAGGCAGGGUUGUAGUUGCAACCCACGAGGAUCAAAUUAGCAAAUCUCACCAAAAACAGUUAAUUACUAAUGUAAUCUCUUGGCUAGAUGCCGGAAGGGAUGGAAUAGUUGGCGUACAAAGAGACUUAUAUGAACUUCAAGCUCAUCUUCAUGAACAUGGUUUUGCCAGUAAACGCUCAGACUUCAACACACUUUUCAGUGUCUAUUGCUGUACAUCAUAUACAAAUAAUUAUGCUCAAAAACUCCAGGAAUUUGUUGCAGAGGGUGGUGGAUUACUCAUUGGAGGACAAGCAUGGUAUUGGGCUUCGCAAAAUCCUGGUAUUGAUGAGCUCAUCAACUAUCCUGGAAAUAAUAUAAUCAACCAUUUUGGUAUAAGUAUCAUAGCUGGAAUAGAUGCAUCAUAUAAACGCAAAAAAAUACAUUUUGAGAACCUCAACGAGAAAUAUCAGUGUCGAAGAGCUCUUUCUCAGCUUCAGAAUGCUUUAGACAACAAUCAAAUGAUCCAUGCUCCACUCUCCUCCUGGAUUGUCAAACUAGCUGAAGAUUGUGCAAUACUUCUAAGCAUUGGAGAAAAUGACAGCCAGACUUUUCAUUCUUUAAAAAAGACACUUGUAAAUCUUUUGCUGAAGUUUGGUAUACCAGAGGUUAGUAAUGAUAGGCGAGUGAAAAGAGGGAGCAAGGAGGCUUUUCUGUUGAGAGUGGCAGCAGGACUUCGAAACACAUUGCCCAACUUUGAAAACCUUGCGGCAAAGCUGGUUCCAACUCCUAUAACUCUUCCUGUGACUUCACAUGGCAGCCUAGAAAUCAAUGGCACAAAUAAAGGAAACGGAGCAUGGAGAAGUACUGGAUUUUAUGUUCCGCCAGGAAAAAUUGCUAAAGUGAAUUUUCCAGCAGCUGCAGUCAAUAUGGGACUGGAGGUGCAGGUCGGCUGUCACUCAGAUGACCUCAGUAAUCUUCCUGAGCUGAAACGCCCCCCAUUUGUGACACAGCGAUAUGCAGUUACCCAAACCACUUUACAAGUCUCUAAUAUUUUUGGUGGCCUCCUCUACGUUAUCAUUCCAAAAGGUUGUAACUUAGGACAAAUAAUGAUAAGCAUUGAAGAAGCUGUUCUUGCUCCGUAUUUCAAGCAUGGAGAAACAACUCAGGAUUCCUGGGUGGAAACUAUACGCCAUUACCCUUCACCAUGGGCAGAAUUUGAAAGCGAGAACAUUAUCUUCACAGUUCCGUCUGAUGUAGUCAUUUCCUUGAUGAACCCAAGUGAACCACUCUUGCUCUGGGAAAGGAUCAUGACAGCAGUUUUCGAGUUGUCUGGGCUUCCAUCUCAAUCUGACAGGCCUGAGAGAUUUGUAGCCGACGUACAGAUUACAGAUGGCUGGAUGCACUCUGGUUAUCCCAUAAUGUGCCAUCUGGAGUCAGCUAAAGUUUUUCUAGAUUAUAAUGACCUCUGCAAGGUAACGUGGGGUGCUACCCAUGAACUAGGACACAACCAACAGUUAAGUGAAUGGGAACUACCCCCUCACACAGAUGAAGCUAUGUGCAACCUCUGGGCUAUCUACACCCAUGAAAAUGUACUGGGGAUCCUCCGAGCAGCUGCACAUUUUGAGCUGGAGCCCCAAAACAGAGAACAGAGGAUUGAAAAACAUAUGGAAAGAGGUGCCCCGCUGGAAGAAUGGACUGAGUGGCUCUGUUUGGAAACUUACCUACAGCUACAGGAAAGCUUUGGCUGGGGUCCGUACAUUAAGCUGUUCUCCGAUUACCAGAACAUGGUGGGCAUCAAGGAUGAAAAUAUUUUCAAGAUGAAUCUCUGGGCUGAAUUGUUUUCUCAAGAGGUUAAAAAAAAUUUGGUUCCGUUUUUCAAGACUUGGAAUUGGCCCAUUGAUGAGCAAACAUCAAAAAUACUUUCCUUAUUACCUGAAUGGGAUGAAAAUCCAAUGAAAAAAUAUAUUGUGUAA